UUCGGCCAUCUUCCCGCGCCGCCACCAUGGUGCGCAUGAACGUCCUGGCCGAUGCUCUCAAAAGCAUCAACAAUGCAGAGAAGAGAGGCAAAUGCCAGGUCCUCAUCAGGCCCUGCUCCAAAGUCAUCGUUCGGUUCCUAACCGUGAUGAUGAAGCAUGGUUACAUUGGUGAAUUUGAAAUCAUUGACGACCACAGAGCUGGGAAGAUCGUCGUGAAGCUCAUUGGCAGGUUGAACAAGUGUGGAGUGAUAAGCCCUAGAUUUGAUGUGCAACUCAAAGACCUAGAAAAAUGGCAGAACAAUCUGCUCCCGUCCCGUCAGUUUGGCUUCAUUGUACUGACCACCUCAGCUGGCAUCAUGGACCAUGAAGAGGCAAGACGAAAGCACACAGGAGGGAAAAUCCUGGGAUUCUUUUUCUAGAGAUGUAAAACAUAAAUAAAGAGCCUUUAUGGAC